GAUGAUCCUAAUAGUGAUUAUAAUAGUUACUUUUACAUCGAUGUCGAUCUUAAUAAUGAAGUUAUAGGUGAAAUGGUUGAUUCUAGUAGCGAAGUUAUAGAAGUUAUAGAUGAAUUGGGCAAUUCUAGUAAUAAUUUUUAUACUGUUGCUGGACCUAGUAGUGAAGUUAUAGGUGAACUAAACAGUUCUAGUAAUUCUUUUUAUGUCGACACUAGACAUAGUGGUGAAGUUAUAGAUAAACUGGUUGGUGUAAUUUUUGAAGAUCAGUAA